GCCCCAUGCCCGCCGGCAGCCCGGGCCCCGCCGCCCAAUCCGCGCGGCGGCCGCCGCCGCUGCUGCCCCUACUGCUGUUCUGCGUCCUCGGGGCGCCGCAAGCGGGAUCAGGAGCCGACACGGCUGUCAUCAGUCCCCAGGACCCCACGCUCCUCAUCGGCUCCUCCCUGCAGGCCACGUGCUCUGUGCACGGGGACACACCAGGGGCCACCGCCGAGGGCCUCUACUGGACCCUCAACGGGCGCCGCCUGCCCCCUGAGCUCUCCCGAAUGCUCAAUGCCUCCACUCUGGCCCUUGCCCUGGCCAACCUCAACGGAUCCAGGCAGCAGUCGGGGGACAACCUUGUGUGCCACGCCCGUGACGGCAGCAUCCUGGCCGGCUCCUGCCUCUAUGUUGGCCUGCCCCCAGAGAAACCCUUCAACAUCAGCUGCUGGUCCAAGAACAUGAAGGACCUGACAUGCCGCUGGACGCCGGGGGCCCACGGGGAAACCUUCCUCCACACCAACUACUCCCUCAAGUAUAAGCUGAGGUGGUAUGGGCAGGACAACACAUGUGAGGAGUACCACACAGUGGGACCUCACUCUUGCCACAUCCCUAAGGACCUGGCUCUCUUCACACCCUACGAGAUCUGGGUAGAGGCCACCAACCGGCUGGGCUCAGCCCGCUCUGAUGUGCUCACACUGGACAUCCUGGAUGUGGUGACCACCGACCCCCCGCCGGACGUGCACGUGAGCCGUGUAGGGGGCCUGGAGGACCAGCUGAGUGUGCGCUGGGUUUCACCGCCUGCCCUCAAGGACUUCCUCUUCCAAGCCAAGUAUCAGAUCCGCUACCGAGUAGAGGACAGCGUGGAUUGGAAGGUGGUGGACGACGUGAGCAACCAGACCUCCUGCCGCCUGGCGGGCCUUAAGCCCGGCACCGUCUACUUCGUGCAAGUGCGCUGCAACCCCUUUGGUAUCUACGGCUCCAAGAAGGCAGGGAUCUGGAGCGAGUGGAGCCACCCCACCGCUGCCUCCACUCCCCGCAGCGAGCGCCCGGGCCCGGGCGGCGGGGCGUGCGAGCCGCGGGGCAGCGAGCCGAGCUCGGGGCCGGUGCGGCGCGAGCUCAAGCAGUUCCUGGGCUGGCUCAAGAAGCACGCGUACUGUUCGAACCUCAGCUUCCGCCUCUACGACCAGUGGCGAGCCUGGAUGCAGAAGUCACAUAAGACCCGCAACCAGCACAGGACGAGGGGAUCCUGCCCUCGGGCAGAAGGGGCGCGGCGAGAGGUCCUGCCAGAUAAGCUCUAGAGGCUGGGGCUGCCCUCCCUGCUGCAUGGAGACGCAGGGGCCACACCCAGACUGGGGGCCACCUCUGUACCCUCACCUCAGGGUGCUCCAGCCCUCUCAGCAAUUGGAGCGAGCACUCUGAGCUCUGAGGGCCACACCAGCUCUGGCCUCCAUGUGAGGUGCACCCCAGUGGAGGGUGUGUGUGUUUGUGAGGGUGGGCCGCCUUGCAGAACACCUGCCAGGGCUGGGGGUGAAGAAGGCCAUCCCCUACCCAGGGCCCCCUCCAGUCUUUUUAAAUAAACAAGCUAUUUAGCUGC